UAGAAUCCAAAGAACUUUCUUUUCCUCUUGUCCAACAAACAAGAAACUUUCAUGGUGGAGUCCACCAACUCCUUCCAAUCCAGUUGAUCGCUUCCUUUCUAUCUUUCCUCUCUUCUCUCACCAGGGAAAAGGAAAAAGAAAAAAAAAAGUUUCAGUUUGGAUUAUUGGGCAAGGAGAGAAGACUGAUGGAUUAUUAUGAGCUUGCUGGUAGAUUCCCAUACCAAGACUCCCUCAAGGUUCUUGAGGCUGAUAUCCAGCAUGCUAAUGUUUUCUUCUAUACCAAGAGGCAAGGGUGGAUCUUGUCUUCAAAUGAAACUGGCUUACAAUCACUUAGCACCUAUUUGUCUGCUGUUACUUCAAUGGAUGGAUUGUUCAUGUGCCAGUCUACUUUCAAGUUUUUUAAACCUUUUUCACAUAGUUGUAUAUCAGGUAUGCUCAGAUGGAAAGCCAAAGAUCUCUUCAUGCAGAAGGAAAGCAACCAUUAGGGAAUUCUAUGCUGUUAUAUUACCAUCACUUCAGCGUCUUCAUGGUGAUUCACUGGAGUUGGACAUUACUCAGGAAAAUGGUCAGUAUGUGGAGAUGGUAGUCAAAAUGGGAUUAGAGGAUAGGAGAAAAGUUUCAGAUAUGGACCUAGAUAGGGAAGAUGAAUGUGGGAUCUGCUUGGAGCCUUGCACAAAAAUGGUUGUGCCAAGCUGCUGCCAUGCAAUGUGCAUCAACUGCUACCGUGACUGGAACAUGAGAUCAGAAUCUUGCCCAUUUUGCCGGGGAAGUCUGAAAAGAGUCGAUUCAGGUGACUUAUGGGUUCUUACAUGCAAUAGCGAUGUGGUGGACACUAGAACUGUGUUAAAUGAGGAUAGGUUGCGCUUUUACCUUUUCAUAAACAGCUUGCCUAAAGAUGUCCCGGAUGCUGUGUUCUUGAAGUAUUAUGAGUACCUAAUCUAAUUUGACAGAUAAGAAGAUUGAUUGAUUAAUGUAUAAAGGGAAACUGCUAACCAUCACAACGUACAUAUAGUCUUGUGAGGUUUUCAUGUUGAAAAUUGCAUUCCUAGUUGAUAAUUGUUCAGAAUGUGUAUAUGUCUUAA